AUGUAUGGAAACCAAUCGUUCUCCAUCAUAACUUCAAAUAAGGAGUGGGUACCAAUACUAAAGAAAUCGGUGGAAAAGAAUUUGUUGACAAAUUAUGUGCUAAAAAACAAUUUGUGGAAAGGUACUGUUACAACUAAUUUGCAAGAUUUAGAUUUACAUGAUUCUAAAAACUUUAACUUUAUAGCAAAGAAAAUUGAAAGAGAAAACCUGAAUAAAUUUAAAUCGAAAUUAGUAAUACUUGGUUGUGCUGGAUUUCAAGGAUUAAUAGAGUCACUUACUUCUAAAUUUAACAAUAAAGUUGAAUUUGUUGAUCCUAUUAUUAUUAAUGUAAGAUUAUUGGUUUUUAGUAAUGGUGUUUAUGCAAAAAUCGAAUGUUCUAGAAUAAAUAGAUAG